AUGAAGCAAUUCGCUGGACUUCUCUUCCUCUGCAUCGUUAUUCUCUCCUCCGUCGCCGGAAAUGCUGAUUCCGGUCUGAUUUCUAACUUAUGCAAACACUCUGACGAUCCAAAGCUAUGUCUCGCCAGCAUACAAGACAGUCCCGAUUCCGGCAACUUCGCUGCCACCAACAACGAGAUUGAGAUCAUAGCUAUCACCGUUGCUUCUGCUAAUGCCUCCGCCACUUCCACCUACAUCAAGGAAAAGCUCAGCCUCGAGGAUCUUGAGCCAGCGACUGAAGCCACGCUCGAGGACUGCCAAAAGAACUACCAAGACGCGGUGGAGCAGCUUGACGACUCCGUCUCCGCCAUGCUCGCCAGCGCACAUGCGGAUGUGGACGUCUGGUUGCAUGCUGCCAUCAGUGCCAUCGAGUCUUGUGAUAGCGCGUUGGUGUCACGUGCUGGGAACGAUGCAGAGCUUUCACAGAGGAACAAGAUUUUUCUGAAGCUGUGUAAAAACGCUUUGAUGAUUAACAAAAUGUUAACAUGA